AUGGCUGAAGCUGCUGCUGCUGCCCUCGUCAAAGUCAUUUUUGAGAAGCUAGCCGAUGAAGCCUUCAAGAAAUAUGCUCGUUCCAAGAAUAUUCACUCAGAGCUCAAGCAACUGGGGAGCACGUUGUCCCAGAUCCAAGCUCUGCUUAACGAUGCUUCAGACAAGGAAAUAACUGAUGAAUCUGUCAGACUAUGGCUCAAUAGUCUCCAACAUUUGGCUUACGAUAUCGAUGACGUGCUCGAUGAUGUGGCUACUGAAGCUAUGCAUCGUGAGCUGACCCCGGAAUCAGAAGCAAGCACCAGUAUGGUAAGAAAGCUCAUCCCAACUUGCUGCACAAAGUUCUCACUAAGUCAUAGGCUGAGUCCCAAGUUAGACAGUAUUACCACCCGGUUACGAUAUUUAGAAAAACAAAAGGCUGAUCUAGGUUUGAUUGUGAAAGAGGAAAAGCCAAAAAAUACUAGUAGAAGAAACGAAACCUCUUUGCUAGAAUCUAAUGUUGUUGGGCGAGAAGGUGAGAAAAAGAGAUUGCUCAACCAGCUGUUAGUAGGUGAAUCAUCUAAGGAAAAGUUUAGUAUCUUACCCAUAGUUGGUUUGGGUGGAGUGGGAAAGACCACUCUGGCUAGAAUAUUUUAUAACGAUACGCGGGUGAAGGAUCACUUUGAACUCAUGGCUUGGGUUUGUGUUUCCGAUGAGUUUGAUGUAUUCAAAAUAAGUUAA